UUUGCUGCAGCAGAAGAAGGUUGUAUGUUUUUGAAAUGGGGGGCCAGGGCAGGCUGAUUGGAGGCCUGGCGUUAUGUCUGCUGGGGGUUUUAGGAGUGUGUUUGACGUGUGGGCUUCCAAUGUGGCGCGAAACAGCUUUCGUGGGAGCAAAUAUUGUGACUGCACAAACGGUGUGGGACGGUCUGUGGCUGCACUGCAUUUUCCAAUCAACGGGCCAAAUGCAGUGCAAGAGGCACACAGGGUUCAUCACGCUGACCACGGACAUCCAGGCCGGCCGCGCCCUCACACUCAUCUCCAUCCUUGUUGGGAUUCUGGGCUUCAUCGUCACUCUCCUCGGAGGAGGAGCCGUCAACUGCAGUGGAAAUCCUCCCGACCCACUCGAGCCUCCGUCGCCUUCUUCCUCCAAAAAGAAGGUGUGCUUACUGGGCGGGCUGCUGUGCUUGCUGUCCGGUGUCCUGUGCCUGAUUUCAGUCAGUUGGUCAGCAGCAGCCACCCUCUCCUUCUUCAACGACCCUUUUGUACCGGCUGCCUUAAAAAGGGAGGUGGGCUCCUCCAUCUACAUCGGCUGGGCCUCCUCGGCGCUGCUCCUGCUCAGCGGCGCCCUCCUCUGCUUUGUCUGUGGGCAGGACGAGAGGCCUCUUCCCUCCUACUACUACUUGCCGUACAACUCCAGCACUCAGUUCACUGACAGCUCGACCCGCAUGGCCACCAUGAGGGCAGAUUUAGCGAGACCAAAUGACCCGACAAUGGUGAACUACGCAGCUCAGGUGCAUCGACAGAACUCCCGAAACUCAAGGACGGCUGGAUUUUACAAUCAAACUCAGGCCAGAUAUUAAAAUCUGAGCAGAGACUUUCCUGGCCAAAACACAUUACAUAGAUCAGGGUUUCUUAACCCUGGUCCUCGAGGCCCAGUGUCCUGCAUGUUUUGCCUCUCUCCCAAUUGGAACACACCUGAUUGCAAUGAGAGCUAAUUACUGGGCUUUGUUACAAGCAGCCCAGUAAUUAGCUCUCAUUGCAAUCAGGUGUGUUCCAAUUGGGAGAGAGGCAAAACAUGCAGGACACUGGGCCUCGAGGACCAGGGUUAAGAAACCCUGACAUAGAUGAUUGUCUCCAGAUAACAGAAUGGGACUUAUUGACGUAGUUAUGGAUGACUUUAAUAUGAUACUAUUUUAAAUUUUCUUGAAUUAAUGGACUUCUUCACACAGCAAUGUGGACUUCAUUUUUCUGAUCAUGUUACUUAUUUCCCAUUUCCCAUUGUGUAUGGCUUUCCUUUAGGAGGCUGUCAAAACAAUACCAAUAAAGACAAAGGGAAUCGUG